AUGUCGAACAAACGGAUCGACCAAGCGGAAAUCGAAAAGUACUGGGAGAUCUUCGCAUCCCUCUCGAAUGGCGGCACACAUCUAACAGGCGCGCAAGCGGCGCCUGUGUUGAAGAACAGCCAAUUGCGCGAUGACCAGCUGGAGCGGAUAUGGGAUCUCGCGGAUGUGGAUAAUGACGGGAAUCUGGAUUUCGAGGAGUUCUGCGUGGCGAUGCGGCUGAUUUUUGAUCUGGUCAAUGGGGAGUAUGCGGACGUUCCACCACAGGUGCCAGACUGGCUGGUGCCGGAGAGCAAGGCGCAUUUGGUGCAGGCGAAUAGGGCGCUUACGGGGAGGCAGGUGCAGUUUGAGAGAAUUGAAGACGACGAUGAUUCUCCCGGGCUGAAGGAUGGCUUUGAUUGGUAUAUGAGUCCAUCGGACAAGGCGAAGUACGAGGAGAUCUAUGAUGCGAAUCGGGAUGGGAGGGGAGAAAUUACCUUUGAAUCCCUAGAUACCCUCUACUCCUCCCUCGACGUCCCAGACACGGACGUCCGCUCCGCCUGGAACCUCAUAAACCCCUCCGCCUCCCCCGCAAUCUCCAAAGACGCCUGUCUCGCCUUCCUCCACAUCCUAAACAACCGGCACGAAGGUUACCGCAUCCCACGAACAGUGCCAGCCUCGCUGCGCUCCAGCUUCGAACGCAAUCAAAUCGACUACCAAAUCGACAACCAACGCACCUCGUCCCCGGCGCAAAGAUGGGGCGCUACAGGCGGCGAGGAAACCAGCACAGGCCGUAAAGCCAAGUUUGGGGAAACAUAUCUUAGCCGCAUCGGCGUAGGAGGGAAAAGCAGUUACCGGCCCGCCGGAACCGAUUUCUCGACCACGAAAACUACAGAGGACUGGGAGGAAGUACGGCUCAAGAAACAGCUCGCGGAGCUAGAAGCUAAGGUCGAGAAAGUGGAAGCGAAAUCGACCAAGAGACAUGGCGGGAGACGGGAUACCACGCCUGCUCUGGUGAAGCGGGAACUAGAGCAGUUGUUGGAUUACAAGAGGAAGGAAUUGAGGGAUAUGGAGGUGGGUGAUGGGAAGAGCAAGGUGGGAGCUAGUUUGAAGGGUGUCGCGGAUGAGAUUCAGACUGUUAGGGAGCAGGUGGAGGGCUUGGAACAGCAUUUGAGGAGUAGGCAGCAGGUGCUUGCUGAGGUGCAGGCGGAGAUUGAUAAUGAGAAGGCGAGCAGGUAG